AUGCAGGCUUCCCUGCCGUCCUGGAAGGACGCCGACAAGAAACAGAUACAGAUACAGAUCCCAUGGAAAUCACUGCAACUUCUCGUUCCUCACAGGCUGCGGCGCAGGCUGAGAUCGAAGCUCCGCAACAGAUCGUCGCCUGCCUCUUCACUCGCCUCCCUCAAGACCUCGUUUUCUCCCGCGGACACGCUACGGUCACUACAGAAUCAUAGAUGGUCGAUUUAUGACGGACAAUGGCUGUUUUUGGCGAUUGUGGGCAUUUUUUCGCUGAGCAUCAUUGAAUUCCCGGGGCCGUUGGUCAAGACAGCCGUCGCUACCCUCCUCCUCGCCUCGUUAAUAUUCCCCAUCACUCGACAAUUCUUCCGGCCUUUCAUGCCUAUUGCCGCAUACCUCAUUUUCUUCUACGCUUGCAGAUUCAUCCCCUCUGCCUGGCGGCCUCCGAUCUGGGUCAAAGUCCUCCCCGCUCUGGAGAACAUCCUUUAUGGUGCUAACCUCAGCAAUAUCCUCUCCGCUCACCAAAAUACCGUCCUGGAUCUUUUAGCAUGGUUCCCCUAUGGGCUGGGUCACUUUGGGGGGCCCUUCGUGGUUGCCGCAAUCAUCUUCGUCUUCGGUCCACCUACAACUCUCCCAGUCUUUGGCUUCAGCUUUGGGUAUAUGAAUCUGGCCGGCGUCAUCAUUCAAGUCCUGUUUCCAUGCUCCGCCCCAUGGUACGAGAACAAGUACGGUUUAGCCCCGGCCAACUAUUCUAUGCAAGGUUCACCCGCCGGUCUAGCACGCAUUGAUGCAUUGCUCGGGAUCGAUAUGUAUACCUCGGGAUUCACCGCCUCCCCAAUGGUAUUCGGGGCCUUUCCAUCACUUCAUGCUGCGACUGCCACUCUGGAGGCACUGUUCAUGAGCCACAUCUUUCCCAAAUUCACGCCAUUGUGGGCGUUCUACGCUGCUUGGUUGUGGUGGUCAACUAUGUACCUCUCGCAUCACUACGCGGUGGAUUUGGUUGCCGGAAGCUUGAUGGCAGGUGUCAUCUUUUACUUUGCAAAGGCUAAGUUCCUGCCGAGACUGCAGCCUGAUAAGAGAUACCGAUGGGACUAUGAUUACGUCGAGAUCGGCGAGCUCCAGAACGACUAUAGUUAUGGUAUUGCUGGCCUCGACGGCAGCAGCCCCGACAGCGACGAAUGGACCAUCGGAUCCUCGUCCUCCAUCUCUUCCGGUUCGUUGAGCCCGACGGAGGAGAGCCCAAAGCUUUGGACAGAAACAUACUCGAAUUACGAAAGAUGA